AUGAGGCAGUCAGCUUUCCGUGUUACCCGCCAAGCCUUCAACGGCAUUCAGAGUCGGGCUUACUCGCAAGCAACGGGCCCCCGUCAUCUCAUGUCCAUUGCUGACCUCACUCCGGCCGAGUUCGCGACUCUCGUCCGCAAUGCCGCUUCUAACAAGGCAGCUGUCAAGUCGGGCAAUGUGCCCCAAGCUCUGGCGUCAAGCCUUACGGGGAAGACCGUUGCCAUGAUGUUCAGCAAGCGCAGCACCCGCACCCGUGUGUCGACCGAAGCUGCAGUAGCUCUCAUGGGCGGUCACCCUAUGUUCCUUGGCAAAGACGACAUCCAACUUGGAGUUAACGAAUCUUUGUACGACACCUCGAAAGUCAUCUCAUCAAUGACUUCCUGCAUGGUUGCCCGCGUCGGCCCUCACUCUGAUGUUGCUGGACUGGCCAAGGACUCUAGUGUCCCUGUCAUCAAUGCUUUGUCUGAUGACUACCACCCGCUGCAGAUUAUUGCAGACUUCUUGACCAUCCACGAGGCUUUCCCCGCUACUUCUACAUCAGACAAGGCAGACCUUGGUGUGAAGGGGCUGAAGGUUGCAUGGAUUGGUGAUUCUAACAACGUCCUCUUCGACCUUGCCAUCGGCUGUGUCAAGAUGGGUGUUGACAUCGCUGUCGCCUCUCCUACUGGCUACGGUAUUCCCAAUGCCAUGAAGGCCGUUAUCUCCUCUGCAGCCAACGGCGUUGCUUCCCCGGGUAAGCUCAGCGAGACGACUAUCCCCGAGGAGGCCAUCAAGAACGCCGACAUUCUUGUCACCGAUACUUGGGUCUCCAUGGGUCAGGAGGCCGAAGCUCAAAAGCGUCUUAAGGCUUUUGCCGGCUACCAGAUCACGAAUGACCUGGCCAAGCGUGGCGGUGCUAAAGAAGGUUGGAAGUUCAUGCACUGCCUGCCUCGUCACCCUGAGGAGGUUGCCGAUGAAGUCUUCUACAGCGACAGGUCUCUUGUUUUCCCUGAGGCAGAAAACCGAUUGUGGGCUGCUGUUGCUGCCCUUGAGGGUUUCGUUGUGAACAAGGGCAAGAUCUAA